CCGGCGGGAGGCCACGCCUUCCGGUGGCCGCGAGGUUGGUUGUGCAGCCGCCGGGGAAGGAGACGCUGCCCUUCCGCGGCGAUGGGCUCUUGGCUCUGUGGAAGGCCCCUGUGGUCUGUACAUCCUUGUCCUUCUGGGGCGUGGACAGUGCUCAGAACCCAGCCAACAGCUAGUUGAAGACGUCCUCCCUGGAAGCCAUUGUCUGUGGCACUUUCCUGGAGUGCUGGCUCUGCCAUGGAGUUCCGGAGGGCUGAGGGCAUGUCUGUGAUCCAGGCCCUGGCCAUGACGGUGGCCGAAAUCCCUGUGUUCCUUUACACGACAUUUGGGCAGUCUGUGUUCUCGCAGCUACGAUUGACACCGGGCCUGCGGAAGGUCCUCUUUGCCACGGCCCUGGGCACUGUGGCCUUGGCACUGGCUGCUCACCAGCUGAAGAGGCGACGGCGAAGGAAGAAGCAGAUCGGCCCCGAGAUGAGAGGCGAGCAGCUGGGCACAGUGCCCCUCCCCAUCCUCAUGGCCAGGAAGGUCCCAUCGGUGAAGAAAGGCUACUCCAGCAGGAGGGUACAGAGCCCCAGUAGCAAGAGCAAUGACACUCUCAGCGGCAUUUCCUCCAUCGAGCCCAGCAAGCACUCAGGCUCCUCCCACAGCUUGGCCUCGAUGGUGGUGGUGAACUCAUCCAGCCCCACAGCCGCCUGCUCGGGACCAUGGGAUGCCAGAGGGAUGGAGGAGUCUGUGACUGCCAGCAAUGGCAAUGCUGAGAGUCUCUACAUGCAAGGCAUGGAACUGUUCGAGGAGGCUCUGCAGAAGUGGGAGCAGGCGCUGAGCGUGGGGCAGAGGGGGGACAGCAGCAGCACCCCCACACUGGGGGACGGCCUCCGGAAUCCAGAGGCUGUCCCAGAAGCGCUGUCUGAGCAGGAGUCACAGCGAAAGGAGUUUGCAGAGAAGCUGGAGUCCCUGCUGCACCGUGCGUACCACCUGCAGGAGGAGUUUGGUUCUACCUUCCCAUCGGACAGCAUGCUGCUGGACCUUGAGAGGACCCUCAUGCUGCCCCUGACAGAGAGUUCUCUGCAUCUACGGGCAGACGAUGAAGACAGCCUGACCUCAGAGGAAUCCUUCUUUUCUGCCACCGAGCUCUUUGAGUCCCUGCAGGUCAGAGAUUACCUGAUCCCACUCUCCAGGCCUGCCGCCGCCUAUGAGGAGGCCCUGCAGCUGGUGAAGGAAGGGAGAGUGCCCUGCCGGACCCUCAGGACAGAGCUGUUGGGCUGCUAUAGUGACCAGGACUUUCUGGCCAAGCUGCAUUGUGUCCGGCAGGCCUUUGAGGGCCUUCUGGAAGACAGGAGUAACCAGCUUUUCUUUGGGGAGGUUGGCCGGCAGAUGGUGGUGGGCCUGAUGACCAAGGCUGAGAAGAGUCCCAAGGGCUUCCUGGAGAGCUAUGAGGAGAUGUUAAGCUAUGCCUUGAGGCCCGAGACCUGGACUACCACACGGCUGGAGCUGGAGGGCCGCGGGGUGGUGUGUCUGAGCUUCUUUGACAUUGUGCUUGACUUCAUCCUCAUGGAUGCCUUUGAGGACCUGGAGAAUCCCCCAUCCUCCGUUCUUGCUGUCCUGAGGAACCGCUGGCUGUCUGACAGCUUCAAGGAGACGGCCCUGGCCACUGCUUGCUGGUCGGUCCUGAAAGCCAAGAGGAGGCUGCUGAUGGUGCCUGACGGCUUCAUUUCUCAUUUCUACUCCGUAUCGGAGCACGUUAGCCCUGUCCUAGCCUUUGGCUUCCUUGGACCCAAGCCCCAGCUCUCUGAAGUCUGUGCUUUCUUCAAGCACCAGAUUGUGCAGUACCUGAGGGACAUGUUCGACCUGGACAACAUGCGCUACACGUCGGUGCCAGCACUGGCAGAUGACAUCCUGCAGCUGUCGCGGCGCCGCAGUGAGAUCCUGCUCGGCUUCCUGGGGGCAACGGUGGCCAGCAGCAUUGGCCGGAAUGGGGCGCUGCCCAGGGAGAACGGGCCCCUGGAGGGGCUGCAGUAGUGGUGGGCACAGGCUGGUGGGGAGUGAUGGCUGCCUGGGCCUCAUCUCACAGGGUGAUGGCAGAGAGAAGACUGCCUCCUGUCUGCCUUUGGGUUGGCAUCAGAGAUGCCCUCAUGGGUGUCCAUGGCCAGCAGCAGCAGAGCCCAGGCCCCGGGGGUCAAGGGCACUUGCCCCUGACCUUGCCCCCCCUUCAUCAUCUGAGAAUUCCCAAGGGCCAGGGGGGCAAAUUUUCCUGGAGAGGGUUGGGGCCUGGAAGCCUGGAAUGCAGUUACACCUGCUGAUGCUCCUUAGAGGCCCACCCGGCUGCCCUCAGCUGUCACUGAGGGAUGCAGAGGCUGGGAUCAGUGGCUGGUAGGGCCUGAGGGAGAGGGGGGUAGAGAGAGAACAGAGAGAGAAAGAGACAGAGGAAGGAAGUUGUUUGUUUUUGUGGAGGAGUAGGAAUGGCCUGGGUAUGGGGCUCUACAGUCUCCGCCACCCGAGGACAAGGUGCCUGGGUCCCAGGUGCCCUAAGCCAGAAUGAGCCUGGGGCGGGAUGGCCUCAGAACCCAGGCGUCUGGCCGACCUGCCCUGACUGCCCAUCUCCCCGCCGUCACCACCCUAGAGUUUGCAGCCCCAGGGAGAGGGAGGGUGGCAGCCACAGAGGGAGGGCUGUGGUACCUUGGUGGGCAGCAGGCCUGGGCUGUCCUGCGGUGGGACAGGACGGGCAGGCCUGCCUUCUCUCUGUGCUCACGUCCAGGCAGGGACUCCGCCCUUGACAAACCCAAGCCCCAGACCAGGACUGUCUGCUCAAACAUUCCCUCCCACUGCCAAAGAUUGUAUCAUUUCUGCUCCCACCACCAAAGAUGGAAGAGGUGGAGUGGGAGCGCCUGCCCCCCACCCUCCUCCCUCUUGAGCUGGAACUCCCUGGGUGGCACUAGGUUCUGGGCUGGGGGCUCAGACCGGGGGUCGUUCUCAGGCCCCUGCCGCCUGUGUUCUCAUUGGCAGUGGCCGCAGGACUGAGUCCUGGGACCGUGGGAUUGGGGGUUUUGUUGGAGAAUGGACAUGACUGGGCCAGUUCCCCCACCCUCAUUAGGACAAGACACUUUUGACGGUGGGGAAUGCCUGGUGCUGCCUGCAGCUUGAUGCACAGAUGCUCCCAAAGCCGAAGAGCCCCUUCCAGGUGGCACCGUCCCCCGGUCCCGGAGAUGAAGUCCUGUCAGCACUUGUCCCAGCAGUCGUGUCCCCAUGCCAGGAGCUUCUGUCAGCCUUGAAGACUCGUGUCUUGUACAGUGUUUCCACCUGAAGUGGGACGGUUUAUUUAUCGCCUUAAUGCUUUAUUUUGAGGUUUUUGCUCCUUUCCAGGUUGAGAGACCAGCAAGGGAAAUGGACUCUGAGUUUUCCUUACUCUGGAGUUUAUGACUGGCGUCUCUGACCAUUCAGGGUCCCUCCCGCCUGAAUGUAAAAGGGGUCCCAGGCCCGGUGGGUGAGGGAACCUACCCAUAGGAGGGUGCACUGGGGAGAGGCGGCGUUUGGUGUGGCCAGUCCUCUCCAAGACCACCCUCCCCGCGCCUUCCCUCCUGCCCCGGGCCGGAGAACUGCAGUGCACUCACGGUGGCUCUAGCUCCACACCCACCUCCGAGGCGGUGCCCAGGAGGGAGCAGCCUCCUGGGCAAAAAAGGAGCCAGGGCUGCCCUCCCUCUCUCCCCACCAUUCUUUGCACUUACCCCAGGCUGUGAAUGUGCUGGGCCUCAGCCCUGGCCUGCUCUGAUUUGCUCCCAUAUCACAAAGAAAUUGCAUUUUCAUUUUCUUUGUUUACACAUCCACACACUGCCUCUGGCACUCGAUUUGUCAGAGCUUCCAACUUUUGUACGGUAGAGCGUGUGCACUGACCGCCAAUCAAUAAAACAGUUUCCUUCCA